AACUAGCACACAAGCGUCUUCACACCACCCAAAAACAUCAAGUACCAACACACAUUUACGCAAAAGGGCAUCUCAUCAGAAAAAAUACACCAUGAUAAGUCCUAGGAGCCUAGUUCAGCAGGCAAAGAAGUGGCAGCAGAUGGCAGCCCUCAGGAAGCGGAGGCCAGCGACGAUGGGGGCGAUCCACGACGCCGACCUGCGGGGAGCAUCGGCCAUCGCAGACAAGGGCCACUGCGUUGUCUACACCACCGGUGGAGAGCGGUUCGAGGUCCCGCUGGUGUACCUCAGUACAACGGUGUUCGGGGAACUCCUGAGGAUGUCGGAGGACGAGUUCGGGUUCACGAGUGAAGACAGGAUCACGGUACCUUGCAACGCGGCGGUGAUGGCGUAUGUGAUAUGCUUGCUUAAAAGAAAGCCUUCAGAGGAGGUGGAGAGAGCCGUCCUUAGCUCUGUGGUAAUGCCACGCAGCAACCAGAGUGGCAUCGCCAUGGUUUGCACGGGUCUUGGCCAGUCAAUGGCUAUAUUUUAGCUAGUGAGAAGUGAUUUUCUUGAUGUAUAUAUAUGCACCCCUUUUGGGUAAACCUUCUUGUGAUGCAAUGUGUAAAUAGAUGUAUGCACAUACCCCAGUAAACAAGUGAAGAACAAUUUUGUAGUUGGAUCUACAAGACUA